CAUGCACUCAGACAUCUGCAGGCUGUUUAGGAUCAGAGAGGUGGAGUCAGCUCCGCUAUUGGCCAGAGGGGGAACAGAUCUCGACCCUGGGGACUGACACCACACCCAUCCGUAUGUGUGUUUGUGUGUGUUUUGAAUUGUGUGUGUUGUCCAACGUACACUCUGUCGGCGUAAGAAGAGUUGCCUGCUGACUCUCAGAAACUGGUCACUUCAGCAUGAACGCUCACGCAACAGUGCCCCCUUUGUCAGGAACAAGCCCCUCUCCUUUUUCAGACCUUGUGACCAAGAUAGGACCCAAGGAAACCUAUGACACUGGAGAUUUUGCCGCUUUGAUUGGUGGAAUCGUAAGUGUAGUGCUGUUGUUAAUGAUCUGCGUCAUCGCCGUGCUGAUGUGGUGCCUGUCCAGACAUAAAGGCGAAUACGUGACCAACGAGAUGGAGGAGAAAGACGAGGACGCCGACAGCGGUGACGGCGACUCUGUUGGCUCUGAUGAAGCGCUCCAAUCUGAGGAACCUCUGACAGCCAAAGAGGAGAAAUAAAGGGGGGGAAAUGGGAAAUAGUGACAAAAGUGUCACUCACGUUGCAGACUUGAGAGCUUUGUAGCUUUGUUGCACUCAGCAAACAACAAAUAUGUGAGAAGGGAAGUUUAACGUUUUUAGAAGUAGCCGAUUUUAAAAAUUGCACUGAGCACCUUUGCACGUUGGCACCACUAAAUGUGAGCAAAGCACGACUGUCUGAAAUGUGAGCCCUUCUCAGGAAUGU